AUGAUGUACCGCAACGCCGUGGCGGUGCUCUUCUCGCAGGGCGCCCUGGGAGGCCUGCUGCACAGGCAGAACAUACCCCCUGCGCCGUCCGUGUCGCCGUUCCCUACAAGCGGGUCCGCCGCCAACCCUCCUCCCAAUGCCACGGCCGAUGCCGCCGGCGGGCAGCUCACCACCGAGGUUGUCUACACGACCAACAUCUACACAGUGACGUCCUGCGCGUCUGAUGUCACGGACUGCCCCGGCCGGACCACCAGCGAGGUCUCUCCCGUCUCGGUUAACACCGUAUAUGUCACCGCUUCGUCCGGCUCGGGUCUUCCUCCGCCGGUCCCUACCGCAAAUGUCACGGGAGGCGCACCGUCCCUGCCGCCUCCUCAACCCUCGCUGUCUGCCUCUGACUCGGCCCUGAGCUCCAACUCACCCGUCACCGGCACGGGUGGCCCAUCUGGGUCCGGCCUGCCUCCCCUGCCCUCCGUGAGUCUGCCGGCUGGUAAUGGAACCGGCGGUGCCCAGGUUCCGGGCAGUGCUCAACCUGGCGGGCCCAACUCAGUGCCUCCUCCUACCAACGGUACCGGUAUCCCCAGCGCUCCUCCAAGCGGUUCCGCCACUGGACUGCCUACCCUGCCUCCCCAGACCACCGGCUUCCCGGCAGCAGGCGGCGCCGCAGCCCCGACUGGUGGUCUGAGCAGCAACCUGCCCGUGGCCAGCGACCCGCCCGCGCCCUUUGGGAACACUUCCGUCUCCCAGACCACGCUCACUGUUGAGGCGACAACCAUCCGCACCGUCAUCUCUUGCGCCCCGACUGUCACCAGCUGCCCGGCGGCGUCUGAGAGCAGCGCCAUCUCGGCUCUGCCUUCCGGGGCCGUCUCGACUGUUGUGGUUACCGAUACUAUUGCUCAGUACACCACGAUCUGCCCCGUCACGGCGGCCUCCUCUCUGUCUUCUUCCAUCGCAUCAAGCUUCUCGUCUGCCAUCACGACAGUGACUGCGAGCGGAACCGAGUCCGUCUUCAUCCCCACCCCAUCAGGCGGGUCUGGCUCCGGAGCCAGCAGCAGCACCGUGGUCAACGUCCCGACCGUUGUCACCGUCACCGUCAGCGGGACCCCCUCGCUGUCGUCUUCCACUGUCCAGGUCACCACCGAGCUCCCUCCCAACAACGGCGGAGUGCCUGGUAACGGGGAUGGAUCAUCCGGCUCUGCAUCUACCAGGGUCACUGUCAUCUCUGUCCCUACCACGAUCCAGACUACCAUCAGCGGCGUUCCUACAACAAUCUCCUCGGUCGUCCCAGUCACGAGUGCGCUCGCUGUUGGCGGUGGCUCUGCCUCUGCCUCAUCCACCGUGCAGACCGUGAUCCCCACCGUGAGCGUCGUGACCAUCACCGUCGAGGGAGGCGGCCAGACCGCCUCGACCUCGACGGGCCUGCUGACGAGCAGCGUGGUCGUCCCCGUCAGCGGCGGGGCCUCGGCGACCUCCGAGGGCAGCCCGCAGCAGCCGGCGUCGGAGACGGUGCAGACGGUGCUGCCCACGCAGAGCGUCGUCACCGUCACCGUCGGCGGCAACCAGACCGUGUCGACGUCGAGCGGCCAGCUCACCGCCACCGUCGUCGUCCCCGCGCCAGAGACCACCCCGCAGGCCACGCAGACCGUCUUUGUCACUGCGACCGGCGGCGGCGGUGGUGCUGGGGGUCAGUGCUCCGCCGUCACCGUGACCCAGACCCAGACCGUCUGCGCCGUCGAUGGCGUGUGCCCUACCGGUGCUUCCAAACUGUGA